CGUCCCACCACAACUUGUUUUGGAAAAACUCGGAAAUUUUGUGGAAAAUGACUCGCGACGCGGUAAACUUAAUGGAAAUGAUUGUCCAGGAAAUAGGUUCCGGUCAGUGUAAACGAAGUAAAGUGAGGGUCAGAAAGAGGUACCUGGAUGAUGAUCCAUCAAAGGAUGACCCCACUCCCUGCCCACGCUGUUCGAGUCGUGACCAAAGAAAUAUGGUACGCUACGUGUACAUCAAUCUCAACGAAGCCAUCUACAAAUGUGAGGCCCCGAACUGCAUGUACCCGUUCGGGAACUACAAGUACAAAAACUUUGAAACCAACACCGUGUACCAGUACGAGAAUCCGGAGGAAGCGAUGCCUUUUUGUGAUAUCUCCGGCACAGCGACACUGGAUCCGUUGGCACCGGCGUAUUUCAAUUUGGACUUUGUACCACCACAGUUGGACACAAAGCUUAGCGUUACGGAAGCAGACGGUGGAACCAAGUGCUCGUCGGUGAAACCCGCGCCAACAUUCGAUGUGGAUGUGUUUGACGAAAUCUUGAGAGAUCUUUGGUCAUCGACAUCAUCCGCAAACGCAUCUCCAAAGACAGAACCCUCCGCUUCCGUAUCGUCGCUGGCGAGUGGAGAAUCCAAAAAUGAACAGACGAGUAACAGUAACAACUCUUCAACCGCCCCGGCCAAGAGUCGGAAGCUGGAAAAAUGCUUAAAAGCCGUCGAGCAAACGAAAACGAAAAUGCGCAAGAAUAUGUUCAAGUAUCCGCGGAAACACAAAGCGGCCGAACCGGCGAAUGCGAAGCACGUCGUCGAAACGAUCACCGAUACCAAGCUGCGCAUCACGAAGAUUCCCAGCCAGUUGCCCAAGGAUCUGCGCAGUGCAAACAACAUUGAAUUAAACAACAUUUUAAAGGGUCUGGUCUACGAUAAAGACAUCAAACCGGCCGAGUUCAUGGAUACGCUCAGGAAUGUGUCGAGACGAACGCUCACCAGUCCUUCCGAUAAAACACAGCAAAUGUUACACUUUAUCAACAAGAGCAUGGACAGUCGCGAGAGCAAGGAAAGCUUGCGACCGCUCGUCAGCUCCAACGUACAAUCCGUACAAACUCAGAAUCCGACGAGCGAUGCUCCAGCUCCAUCGAGUGUCUCAACGAGCGCGGCACCCUCGGUCGCGAUAGGGGAAACACCCUUCAUACAGAUAAAGACGUGUGAAGCACAGGACAGCAGCGGGGGAAUGGAUUUGUUCAUCAAAUUAUUAGAGUAAAUCCGUGUCCCAAAUCCCAAA